CUCGCGUCGGAUAUCCAUUCCGACCGUGAACCGCCAGGACGGCCCGACGAUGACCGACAUAUUUUGGUUCAAUGUGUCCACAUGCGUGCUGCUGCUGGUCUUGACCAUCGUCUUUUCGCUACUUCCGCUCUUUAUGAGUGCUGCAUCGACCGAAUCGUUCUGGCACAAGGUCAUGCAAGAGAAGCUCCCAUUCGUCACGGCAGGCGUGUUCUUGAGCACGGGAAUGAUUCAUCUGCUCCCAGAUGCGGUCAAGUUGUACAGUUCGUACAACGAAAUGGUCGACGGCCCAGACGAACCAUAUCCGUUGAUCUAUUUCCUCGCGUGUAUGGGAUGUUUCCUUGUCUGGUCGGUCGACUCCCUCAACCUCGGUGACUCGGGCAAAAUGAUGGCGGUCGCCGCAGCCGCGAAACCAAAUUUUGAAACCAGCAUUUGCAGGAUCCACGUACCCCCCAUCACUUCGUACGGCAUCCAGAGGCGCACCCGCACGUAUUCUGCAUCGGACGCGUUCCACCUGACGAAGUCGCAUGAACAUGAAUUCCAGCAUAAGUCAGCGCUGGAACAACUCGGAAGACAUGCCGCAGUCGACUAUGGAACGUGUUCAUGCGACCACACCAAACUUGAAGACUCGGCAAUGAUCCAGCGCACGAAAGAAUUCACCGAAGUGGAUGUUUUGCUGGCUGGGAACAAAUGUGCUGUCGACGUAGACAAGCGAGAUCAGUGCGUCUCGGAUCCUCACGUCCAUGCGCAUGUUAGCGGCAGCGUGAGCGAACACAUCGUAUUUUCUGGGGAAAGUGGAGUGCUGCCGUACUUACUGGCCGCACUUUUUUCGCUCCAUUCGCUUAUUGCAGGAUUCACGCUUGGCAUGAAUGCCAACUUGACCUCCACUGCGUUGGCCACUGCCGUUGCAAUUGUUAGCCACAAGUUUAUUGAAGCCGUCUCGGUCGGGUCCAACUUUGCCAAGGCCCGCACCACCGUCAACUCCCAGCGUUCUAUCGCGGUCUUGGUCACGUACAGUUUUAUGACACCACUGGGUAUUGUGUCCGGCAUGUUUCUAUCGGCCACUCUACAAGGGCCGUCGGCGGUGUUGGCACAAGCCAUCGCGCUUGGCAUUGGGUCUGGCAGCUUUAUUUACCUCGCGUUCCACGAAGUGUCCGAGGAAGACGCCGUCCAAGCGGCAACGACGACGGAAAAGUUAUCUCUCUUUCUCACGGGGCUGUCCAUCAUGGCCGCGUUAGCCGCGUUGGUUUAGAAAAACCCAAUGAAAAACAAAAAAAUCAAUAAUGUUUAUUGAAUCAAGUAGCAACAUCGUCGC